AUGACAGAGGUAGAAUUAAGCCAGUCGCUCAACGCACACCAACCAAACAGCAGCAAUACUACUCCCACAGCGAACCAUAGCAAUUACACUACUCCGAGGUCAACUGAAGCAGCGGCAGGGUCCUUGGAUCAUAUACAUAGCCCUUCCCAAAAUUAUCACAGCCCAAAUUAUAAUCAACGUGAAGUUUGCAAAAAAUGCAAUCAACUUAUAAUUGAGGGUCAUGCGUAUGAGUUGGGUGAAGAUAGAUGGCAUAUCGAUUGUUUCAAAUGUUCCAAAUGUGACACAUCACUAGGAUGUAAUUCAAAUUUUCUUGUUUUAGGAAAUGGAAACCUAAUUUGUUCCAACUGUUCAUACAAUUGUAAGCAAUGUGGAAGAAAAAUUGAUGAUUUGGCAAUAUUGACAGGUGAUCAAGCUUACUGCUCAAGUUGUUUCAAAUGCCGUUCAUGUAAACGGAAAAUUGAGGACUUGAGGUAUGCAAGGACAUCAAAAGGAUUAUUUUGUAUGGAUUGUCAUGAAAAACUAAUGGCCAAAAAGAAGAGGUAUGAUGCUAAAAAGAAGCAGUUGGCAACUUUACAAGAAAAACAAAGCCAAUCUCUGUUAGUCGGAGCAGGUGACGCAAGAACUCUUGAUGAAUAUAGAAGAGCAUCAGCAAACAGCUCAAGAAACAGUUUAAUUCAAUCAUACAUGACAAAUACCUAUAAUGGUGAACAGAGCAAGAGUCGUUCUACCACUAGUCUUUACAGACAGGGAGAAAAUAACUCGCAGUUGUCAAUGAAUUCAAACAAAAACAAAACAUUGCCAAAGGCGCCUGUACAGACUACUUCUACCAGCUCGAACUCCCCAGCAUCUAACAGAGGAGAUAAUCAAAUGUCAACUGCAAUCAGUUACGCUAAUCAGUCAUCACAGGACCAAGUACUGUCAAGAGCUUCCCCAAGCCACUCACACGCUUCAGAAAAGUCCAACAGUCAGGAAGUGGCACGUGAGAGACCAAGAAAGAGAUCUAAUGGCAACCCUAGCCCUGCGGUGCUUCUGCCUGAAAAUGAUUUCUCAAUUGAAGAGGUGCAAAAUAGUUCAGAUUCAGACACAAAUGAACCUGACACCAUGAAACAGACCAAAGGUACAUCGUUAAGAGCAAAAGCUUCAAAUGUUAAGGGCCAACUUGAUUCGCGAUCUGGUCACAACUCACCCAUCAAUUCAACAACCGCAAAGAUUUCUCAACUGCUGAAUUCCGACAAGUCUAUUUGUCUAGAUUUCCCUGAUGCCAAUUCUGACUACCCUGCCAGAUCGAAACAACGUAAAUACUCGAACAAUAACCAGUUAGAUGCCCCUGCUGAUUUGAAGCCUUCAUCAGGUAAGAAUGGAGAUCCAGCAAAACACCUUACUCCUCAAACUGUACCUCAAGAGGUCGCAGGUGACGUCAAGAGUAAAAACUUGUUGAUAUUAUCACCAGGACAAUUUCAUGAUAAUGAGUUCCACAGUGCCACCAUGGGCUCUCCAUUAAUUGAUUCUCCAGGUACUUUGCUCAGUAGAAGUUCGAGUAAUGACAAUAGGUUGAAGGCUCAGAGCUUGACUAUAGAACAAGAGCAAUAUUCUAGAUCACAGUGUCCUUCACCAUAUGCAAAAGCAAACAGACAGGCGAGAGUAGUGGAGAUGAAUGACGAAAUACAAACGGAUGCAGUGCCCGUUGACAGUGAUAUUACGACGAAUCUGAAUCUGGCUUAUGCUACCCCACAACAGCUGAGACAUAGAGCAACUUCUGGGGCUGGAAAUGGAUCACUCCCUACUGGUGCAUCUUUGUCUUCGCCACCUCCAAAAAUGCCGGUACCAGAUACUCCUACAAGAAAUAGGGAACGUUUACAAGGAUUGAAAUUUGAUGAGUCUGUUGCACAUGGAUUGGGCUUGGAAGGGGUGACAUAUAAUGAUGACUCAAAUAAAAUGGCCAUGGAUCAAGAAGUUGAGCAACGAGAAUACAUGAAGCAGAUACGUCAACAGCAGGAACAAGAACAACGGGGACAUUCUGCCCUGUUGACCUCACAAAGAGCAAGAGAAGAUUCAAAUAGACAAUCGCGAAGCGAAUAUGCACAAGCUCCAUUUUCAAUUAAUCAAUCCCCACAAAUCAUUGGCAAUGCCACACCAGCAGUCACUAAUUUGGAAGAAGAAAAUGAUGAGGAUCAAGCACAGGGUGAGCUGCCACUGCAACCACAAAAGCUAUCUCGUACUACAUCACUUAUUCGUAAUUUGAAGCAUAAACGUUCAGUUUCAGGAGGAAAUCAAUCUAAAUUUGGAUUCUUCAAAUCUUCACCAAGAGAAGAUGUCAACAAAGGACAGUCAACGCAUACAAGACACAUUUCUGAUGGUUCGAUUGCAAGCAGUACUCUUGCAGGGAUUAACUCGGUACAUUCCCACUACUUUACCUCGCCAGGUCAAAUUGACAAUAAUAAGAACAAUGGAUUUGAUAGAUUUAAAGCGCCUUAUAGUCAAACCCAUGCAAGACUGACAUCUGAUUCAACCAUAUUUUUCGAUGGCGAUCCAUUUGACAUCAAGGCAGUGAAAGUAGAGGUGCAGAAAUUGUCUGCUGAAAAGUUGAACUUAGAUUUGGAGAUCAAACGAUUGAAGCAGGAUAAGUUGAAACUUGGUGAUCAAUUGAAAUCCAUACAACUGAAUUUCACUGAUGAAACUAUUAAAUAUGACAAUUUGGUUAAUGAAGUUAAGGAUUUAGAGGAGAGGAAAUUGUAUUUAACUCAACAGAAUAAAGAGUUGGCUGACCAAAAUGAACAUCUCAAGGCGUUACGAAAGCAGCAUCACAUGAAGCAACAAGCUUCCACGUCUACUAUACACAAUUUUGGUAGUAGUGAUUCCGAGGGAUUAGGUGAUGAUGUAUCUACCAGUUUUAGUACAACAUCUACCGUGGGAAGAGAUGGUAAAGGUACUGGAUAUAUUGACCAUCAUACACAUCAUACACAUCAUACACAUCAGCAACAACAACGCCAACAACAACAACAACAACAACAGCAGCAGCAGCAACAGCAGCAGCAACAGCAGCAGCAACCCUCGGUACCACAGCCAGCUGUCACUGAAGAUGAGCAAACUCACAAAGCUACGAGAUUGAAAUUUUGGAGAAGAGCCAAAACUGGAGCUCCUCAGGUUGUCUCUACAAAUAAUGGCAACAACAAUAUCUCUACACCAUCAAUGCCACAUAGCGUUUCGUCACAAGCUUUACGUGUGCCGGGAUCAAAUAAUGGUAAUGGUAAUGGCAAUGGACAGAAUACCAGUAGCAAAUUCAGCAGAUCGACAUCUACAAACAUCCUCGAUUCAUUCUUAAAUCCUGAUUACAAUGGGUCCAACUCUAGUGGAUUACAAUUGACGAAAUCAAAAUCAGGCUCAUCCAUUUCAUUAUUCAGUGCUACAUUACAACAACGUGCCGAGUAUGAGAAAACCCCGAUUCCAUUAAUUGUAACUCGUUGUUUAAUUGAAGUUGAAAAAAGAGGUUUAGAGGUUGAAGGAAUUUACCGUAUAUCGGGUGGAAAUUCCGCAAUAGUUGCCAUUGAAAAUGCCUUUAACAAUCUAGGACAAGAUCCCGAUGACAAGCAAUUAUCGAAAUUGAAUGAAUUGUUAGACGGUGAUAUACAUGCCGUGACAUCAGCAUUAAAACGAUACUUGCGCAAAUUGCCCGAUCCUGUGAUUCCAGUGGCUCAUUAUGAUGAAUUUAUUAGAAUUGCCCAUUCACAACAAAACAAGGAAUCUCGGUUAGAUUCAUUAGCUUCAUUAAUUGCAAAAUUACCAACUGCUAAUAAAUCAGUGCUACAUAUUCUUUGUCAACAUUUGCAUAAAGUUGCCGCGUUACAAGAAAUUAAUCGAAUGGGAGUCAAGAAUUUGAGUGUGGUGUUUGCACCUACUUUAGCUAGAGAUGAGACUGGUGAGCGAGAAAUGGUUGAUAUGGGUAAUCGAAAUGAUAUGACUGAGUUGUUGUUGACUGAAUUCAAUAGAGUGUUUAGACAAUUUUAA